UAUAUCACACACCAAGAAAGUAUGCCUUUCCACUACGAGUGACAUUGGCAAAGGAUCUAACAAAAACAUACGUGGAAGUAUCCAUGUUCUCGUCUGCCAAUUAGCGUUCAGCCCACAUUUUUGCUAUCCAAUAAUUAAGAAAUGGAGGUUUUUCACUCUAUCAAAGACUUGGUUGCAACAAGAGGUAGUGGUUACAGUAAUCUCCUAGUGCGAAGGCCCAUGCAAAUUACAGUGUUCUGUAUUGGAUUUGCUGUGUUGUUGAUGUUCUUGAUAUGCAACUAUCCUUCUCCCUUUAGAGUUUCUACUAUCUCAAACUACUUCAACGGUGUCUCAACAAAGGAGAAACAUGAGUCGACGCUAGAGAGUAUUCUAAGAAAUGCAUCGAUGGAGAAUAACACAGUUAUCAUCACAAAUUUAAAUGAUGCAUGGGCAGAACCGGGUUCAAUAUUUGAUGUAUUUCGAGAGAGUUUUCGAAUUGGGAACGAGACACAACGUUUCUUAAAUCAUUUGGUGGUAAUUAAUUGGGACCAAAAGGCACAGGUACGUUGCCAAGCCGUACACCCACAUUGUUAUCAAAUUGAAUCAAAGAGCGAGAAUGCCACAUCAAAGGAAGCAUUUUUUAUGACCAAAGACUACCUCCACAUUGUGUGGAAAAAAAUUGAGUUUCUUGGCCUUGUUCUUGAACUGGGCUACAGCUUUAUCUUCACGGAUACUGAUGUAAUGUGGCUAAGGAACCCCUUCAAACAUUUUCAAGAAGAUGCAGAUUUCCAAACUUCUUGUGAUUAUUUCACUGGAAACUCGUCGGAUCUGAAUAAUGCUCCAAACACAGGGUUCAGCUAUGUAAAAUCCAAUGAAAAAACCAUUUGGCUCUACAAGUUUUGGUUCAACUCUAGCAAACUUUACCCAAACUUGCAUGAUCAAGAUGCGUUUAACAUGAUCAAGAUUCACCCUAACAUUUCCAGCAUGAAUUUGAAGAUUAGGUUCUUAAGCACAACAUAUUUUGGUGGGUUUUGCCGGCCCAGUGACGACUUUAACCAAGUUUGUACAAUGCAUGCCAAUUGUUGUGUUGGAUUGGACAACAAAGUCAAUGAUCUUAAGAUCUUGCUUCAGGAUUGGAAAAAUUACAUGGCACUGCCUCAGAUUGAGAAACAACAAUCACAUCGUUCUUGGACUGUUCCUCAACUUUGCAGGACUUCCUUCCAACGAAUGCAUCAGAGGCACAAUAAACGUUGACCAUGACGACUGACAACAAUACAUUAUUUAACUAUAAAGGUACGAUAAUAAUCGUGCAAUUACUUUUAAUCUACAUUUCUAAAUGAAUAUUAUUAGAGCCAAGUAUUUAAUAGCAAGGCAGAGAAGAUAAUAAUUAUUAUAAUAAAAAUAAGUUAAGACCAAAGGUGUCUAAAGGAUCGGAGGCUUAGUACUACUAUUGUAGGAGCAAUUUGUUUAUAUUUACUAUUAUUUGGUUAGAUUUUUCAGAGGUUUUGAAUUUCUAUUAGGUUUCUGGCUUUCGUUGAUGCAUCUCUAUGUAACCUCCCUCAACUCCCGUGGACGUGUUGUAUUUAAUUUAAU